CCUGCCCAGAACUGUCAAAUAUUAACCGAGUUAAAGACUUUGUUUGACAAGCUUCUUCAUAUCCCAUUGUGAACAAACAGACUGGGGAAAAUGGAAUCAAGUCUUGCUUUUUUGUGUCUUUGGAUAUGCUUCAUUGUUUUUGCUUCUACAUCAAAUGGUUGCUCUGAGAUCCCAGUGGUAGAGAAUGCAGAGGUUUCUGAAAGCUCAAAAAAACCUCAAUACUCUGAUGAUGAUACACUUGACUACAGUUGCGUAUCUGGCCACGUCUCUCCGAGAAAAAUAAUUUACAAGUGUAGCAAUAAUGAAUGGAUUAAAUUGCGUGGGGAUAAAUGUACACUCAAACCCUGUGAGUCACCUGAAGAUAUUCCAAAUGGUCGUUACAUUGUUGAAAGUGGAAGAAACUUUGUUUUUGGAACCACCAUCAAGUAUAUCUGCAACGAUGGCUACCAGAUUAUGAGUCGAUAUGACACCAGAACAUGUCGGGAGGGUGGAUGGGACAAUCAAUUACCUGCAUGUGAAGAGGUAUCAUGUGAACGAAUAGCCCCAGAUGGAAACAUCAGAGUGGAGGGACUCCCUGACCACUCUGAGGACUUGAUCCGAAGUGGACACAGGUUGACAUUUUCAUGUGUUGAUAAAGGACUGAUUGUACGAGGACAGAAAGAAAUCAUCUGCCAGUCAAAUGGAGAAUGGAGCAGCCCAAUUCCUACAUGUGUUGAGGCAACAUGUCUUCCACAGUGGAGCACAACAGUGGGACACUUAAAAAUUGAGGGACUUCCUGAUAUUGAGGGUCCCGUAAAACCUGGACACAGGCUAACAUUUUCAUGCACUGGAGAAGGGAUGAAAUUAAACGGACAGAGGGACAUCACCUGCCAGUCAAAUGGAGAAUGGAGCAGCCCUUUUCCUAAAUGUCAAGAAAUUGCCUGUGAGGAGGAACCACUCACCAAUGUUGAAAUUUUAUUUGGACAUCCAGUUAUUGAUUCACCUUAUAAACCUGGACAUAUUUUACUUUUUCGCUGCAUUGAUGUGAACCUGAAGCUUAACGGACGUCGAGCAAUUGAAUGUCAGUCAAAUGGAGAAUGGGAUUACCCAUAUCCGACAUGUAGAGAGAUUACAUGUGAAGUUCCACGUGACCAGCAUGUGUCUAGACCAAACUAUUACUUCAGUGAAGACAUGAAAUUGGGAACAAAAACACCUUACCGUUGUGAGCCUGGAUAUCGUGAAACAGCAGCAGAGGCCACAUGUACACGAGACGGAUGGACACCAAAUCCACUGUGUGCUGAGAUUACAUGUGAUGUUCCACGUGACCAGCAUGUGUCUACACCAAACUAUUACUUCAGUGGAGACAUGAAAUUGGGAACAAAAACAUCUUACCGUUGUGAGUCCGGAUAUCGGAAAACAGCAGAAAAGGCCACAUGUACACGAGACGGAUGGACACCAAAACCACUGUGUGCUGAAAUAACUUGUGAGCUUCAGUCAACCAUAUCUGGAGUAAAAAAGAUCAACCCAGAGGGAAAGACUAUUUUCAGAGCUGGAGAAAGUGUAGAAAUCACCUGCUCUGAAAAAGGAUGGUCCUAUGAUACAAAAGAAACCAGCAAAACAUUUACAUGCCAAGAGAACGGGGAGUGGGAUCAUAAGCCUACUUGUGGAGAGAUUAGAUGUGAAGUUCCACGUGACCAGCAUGUCUAUCUGCCAACUGAGUACUUUAGAGGAGAUAUGAAACUAGGAGCAAGAAGAUCUUACUAUUGUGAGCAUGGAUAUCAACAAAAAGCAGCAGAGGCCACAUGUACACGAGACGGAUGGACACCAAAUCCACUGUGUGCCGAGAUGACAGUAUCAAGAAAAUGUGGACCACCACCACCAGUGAACAAUGCAGAUACAGUAGAAAUGACAAAAAAGGAAUACAUUACAGGAGAGGGUGUUGAAUACAUCUGCUUUAAUAAAUACACACUGGAUACGAGCCCCCCUUUCUCCAAAUACUUGACCUGUCAGCAAGGCGAAUGGAGCGGGAAUAUUAAGUGUUUAAAGCCCUGUACAGUGACAGUGGAGGAAAUGAAUGAAAGAGGUAUAGAGUUGGCCUUCGCUGAUCAACAAAAGUUGUUCGCACCACAUGAUGAUCACAUCACUUUUACGUGUCAGAGGGGCAAAAUUUUAGUUGGUUUUAGCCUAAGAAAAAAGUGUAAUGAUGGAGUGAUGCCUUUGCCUGAGUGUGUGUGACAGUGGAAAUAAAACAUUGACGAAGCAUCAGCUAUACUUCUAGGCAAAAAGAAAUGGAGCAGAUCAAAAUAAAACAUUUUUUUCCCUA